UAUGCAGCGCAGCUCUGUGCUGUGGCUCCUCCGCAUCAUCAGCUCCCAGUCACUUCUCCUCCUUCCUCCGCUGUCCACUCCGGAGCCAUGUGAACGGUGCUGUCUCUCUCCGUAGACCAGACCGGACCCUCCUCCGUCCCUCCGUCACUCCCAUUCGUCAGCGCUGACGUCCUCGCACCCGCCCGGUGGCUCUCCGCGCAGGGGUAGUGUCUCUGUCCCCCGCCCCCGAGCCCCGCGGUUUCUCUCCGGUCGUGCGGCGCAGCGGUGGAGGAUGAGCGAGCAAGGGAAGGGCUCGGCAUCCGCCUCUGCCGCGGCCCCGGCGGCUCCGGGCUCGGACACUUACAAAGGCUGGCUCUUUAAAUGGACCAACUACCUGAAAGGGUACCAGCGGCGGUGGUUCGUCCUCAGCAACGGCCUGCUCUCGUAUUACAGGACGCAGGCGGAGAUGGCCCAUACGUGUCGCGGAACAAUAAACUUGGCCACAGCGCACAUCGACACAGAGGACGCCUGCAACAUUGUCCUGAGCAGUGGCGGUCGCACGUACCACCUGAAGGCGAGCACAGAAGUGGAGCGGCAGAGAUGGGUCACGGCGCUGGAGCUGGCCAAAGCUAAAGCCAUCCGCAUGAUGAACGAUCAGUCUGAUGACUCAGGAGACGAGGAACCCACUUCCCAAUCAGACCGCAGCGAGAUUCAGGGAACACUGAAAAUACUCGUCAGCAAGCUUGAUGACCUCAGCACGUGUAAUGACCUGAUCGCAAAGCAUGGCGCGGCCCUGCAGCGAUCCCUGAGUGAACUCGAGGGGCUGAAGGUCCCUGUGGAGGGAGGGGAGAAGAUCAAGGCAGUCAACGAGCGAGCCACACUCUUCCGAAUCACUUCCAAUGCUAUGAUCAAUGCGUGUCGAGACUUCUUGGACCUAGCAGAGACUCACAGUAGGAGAUGGCAACGGGCGCUGCAGUAUGAGCGAGAGCAGCGCACUCACCUAGAGGAGACCAUUGAGCAGUUAGCCAAGCAGCAUAACAGCCUGGAGCGAGCGUGGAGAGAAGCACCCACGCUUGUUUCCAACAAGCCCAGUGCCCCGACCACCAACAAGGGAAGCGAGAGGCCGCUCAAAGAAGAGGCAAGUGAUGAAGAUGAGGAUACUGAGUACUUUGAUGCCAUGGAGGAUUCCCCUGCGUUUAUCACAGUGACUGCCACUGACAACACACAGCACAGGCGAUCUCAGAGUAAUUUGAGCGGAGCGAGCGGCGGUCACCCCAGUGACUGGAUCCAGGACGACCAUAUGUCUCCAGGCUGUAACGAUGUGUCAGGGAAGGAGCUGCAGCCCCGCAGACAGAGGCGGACUCACAUCCCAGACAAACCCAACUACUCCCUCAAUUUAUGGAGCAUUAUGAAGAACUGCAUUGGCAAGGAGCUCUCUAAAAUCCCCAUGCCUGUGAACUUCAAUGAGCCGCUGUCAAUGCUGCAGCGACUCACCGAGGACCUGGAGUAUCACGAGCUCCUGGACAAGGCGGCGCGCUGCGACUCCUCUCUGGAGCAGAUGUGCCUGGUCGCUGCCUUCUCCGUCUCCUCCUACUCCACCACGGUCCAUCGGACAGCGAAGCCCUUCAACCCCCUCCUGGGCGAGACCUACGAGCUCGAUCGCCUGGAAGAGUUCGGCUACCGCUCGCUGUGUGAGCAGGUGAGCCAUCACCCCCCUGCUGCUGCACAUCAUGUGAUUUCCAAACAAGGCUGGACCCUGUGGCAGGAAAUCACCAUUGCCAGCAAGUUCCGUGGAAAAUACCUCUCUAUUAUGCCUCUAGGUGCCAUUCACCUGCACUUCCACUCCAGUGGGAACCACUAUGUUUGGAGAAAGGUCACCUCCACAGUGCACAACAUCAUCGUGGGCAAGCUGUGGAUUGACCAGUCGGGGGACAUUGAGAUUGUGAAUCACAGGACCAAGGAGACCUGCCAACUCAAGUUCUCUCCCUACAGUUAUUUCUCCAGGGACGUCCCACGCAAGGUGACAGGUGUGGUGUCAGACAGCGGGGGCCAGGCCCACUACAUCCUCUCUGGUACGUGGGAUGAUAAGAUGGAGAGUGCCAAGAUCGUUCAGAGUAGCCGAGGGGGCAGUGGAUCAGAGGGCAAGCAGAAGACCGUCUAUCAGACGUUGUCCCCCAAACUGCUGUGGAAGAAAUACCCUCUCCCGGAGAACGCAGAGAACAUGUACUACUUCUCUGCUCUGGCAUUGACCCUGAAUGAGCUGGAGGACGGAGUGGGACUAACUGAUAGCCGCCUGAGACCUGACCAGAGGCUGAUGGAGGAAGGGCGAUGGGAUGAAGCAAACUCAGAAAAACAGAGGCUAGAGGAGAAGCAAAGAGCUGUGAGGAGGAGGAGGGAAGCAGAGGCCUCAGACGCUCUGGAUGACGAGUGUGAUUAUGACUCUGGUCGAGAAUACGAAGGCUACCAGCCGCUGUGGUUUCACCAGAGGAGGAACUCGAUAACUGGAGAGACAAACUUUGUGUACAAGGGAGGUUACUGGGAGACCAAGGAGAGACAGGACUGGAACAUGAGCCCUGACAUCUUCUAACCCAGGAACUGACCCCAGAUCACAGCCAACCUCAGCAGACAGGAAACGGCUCAGCCUCUGCUCCUGGCUCAUGAGCACUAUUUGGACAUUCUGUGAUGAUGCAAACGUGUUUGUUUCACACGCUCUCGGAUAACACUGUACCUCCAAAUGUAUACACUCGCUCUGUUCUUACACUGGAGGAGAAGAAGGGGCAUUCCCUGAGUCCUCCUCUUUGACAUCAUACUGAAACAGCAGUGAGGUAAAGUGUGGUUGUGACAUCACACAAUGAAGGCACCUGCACACUCCUGAAAUCAGGUGCUCCCUAAAUGCUACCCACAAUGCACUUUUUUGUGAUCACCCUAUCACAGAGUUUUACCAAUUGGAUAGAAACUCAUAUCAAAGCAGCUCACAACUAUCGAAUAUAAACAGGGACAAAAUCAUAGAAACACAAGUGUUGAAUACACGUCAGUCAGUUAUUUUUCAAAACACAUUUGAUAUUAAGCUACUUUAUAAGUUAGUUAACUUUUUCCUUCGCAGGAUUGAAUUCAAGUGCUCAUUUUCUCUUAAAGAGGGAAGUUAACGCCUGAACAUGGUGUCUAAAAGAUUUCUGUCUAAAAGAUUUAUUAUGGAGACCCAAAGUGUCAAAUCAAAUAAAUAAAGACAUCAUAUUAAUAAUUACAAAACAAUAAUGAAAUAUAACCAUAAAAUUUGGAAAUAAUUAAAAUUAUAGAUAUAUAUCUGUGGUUAUAUCUGUGUUCAUUUAUAUGAUUGCUAGUUUUAUAUAUAUUUAAUUUUCAGCAGUUUGGUUCUCCAUAAUCAACAGCUAAUAUUUGCCUGAGAAAAUGAUCUUGUUCUUAUACACUAGAGGCUGGUUCAUCCUAACUGAUAAAACAUGCAGCAAUGUAGAAUUGUGUUUUACUUGGUGUGAAUGUUGGGGUUUCCUUCCAGCGCCAAACAAAUACGUAGUUAUUCUGUUCCCUAGUCAGUUAGACUGUAGUCCGUGUAGUGGUAAUAUAGCUGCUGGCCCAUUUCACACUUUGAAUAUGAAACAUGUCUAAUGCUUCAUUUCAGUCGUACAAACAUGCUUUAGACAUCGUCCAUCUGUAAUUCUGGAGUCAGAUUUCUACAGUAGUCAGUCCUUUAAUUGUAACGCAACAGUAAAACAUUCAUAUCACUAAAGGAAUCACCAUCAAAGACCUGAACAUGCACGUUUCACUGUGAUUGGCCAUAGAUUAGAACAUAUCUCUGUGUUGAUGUUUUAAAAGAUCUCACUUCGUACAUGUACUUUACCUCGUCCUCUGGUGCUCUCCCAUAGCAACACAUACUGUAUCCUUGGUGACCAUUUUGAGUGACAUCAUUCUCAGUGAUUGUACAAAGUAUUAACUCUGCGCCAAAUCACCAAUGAGGCAUUCAGUCAUUGCCACCCAGGGCAUCCUGUUGGUUUCUAUAGUGUACGUUGCACUAGCUCCACAGCCUCCCAUCAGUCACUAACCAGUGGUUCCAGCAGGACUACUCUACCUGAGACUGGAGGGGUUUCUCUCAGGGGUCCCGAGUGGCUUCAGCUGACGGGAGGUCAGGGCUGGUUCCUGUAGCACACCACUGUGUCUGUCAGCUUUAGCCACAGAGGACUCCCCCAGUUGCUGCUCCAGACUCACCACAGCUUACAUGUCGUCCUCUCGUUCAGUGUUUGUGGACAUGCUGAUCUGGGAUCAGCUCACAAGCGUACCCUCAGUCUUUUGCCUUAAAUCGACUGAACAAGGGAAAGAGUCCUCUGACCUGUGCACUACAUGUCUACAGUGACAAGAGUUUUGAAAACCAGUUAGUAUUUUUUGUAAUUAUUGUUAGGAAUGUAGACUUCAAGGCUGGAGGUAUUGUAUCUAUUGUUUGUCUAUUUCUGUGAAUAUUUUGUGAUAAAAGAAUGAUACUGUAAUGUAAAUUUAAGAAUAACUAUACUAAUCUGAGUAUUAAGUUCUGUACAGAAUAUUUCAAAUCUGACAUAAUUGACUGAAUAAGCCUGAAGGGUUUCCUGAAAUAUUAAUUUUUAAACCAGAUUAAUUCCGUGAAGAUGGAAGUUAAUCGUGUGGCGAUUCAUCUUUUAUAUUUCCAUAAACUGUCUUAACACACUGAAAAUCAUUUUAAUAGAGUCCUUUAUGCUAGCACAUUAGUAACUGUGGCUCAGUUAUCAUUUCCUCUGAUGUGGAAAAGAGAUUCAUUCAUAAUAGAGUGCCCCUCCGUGUGGGCUGAAAGAGUGAUGUUAUGAGCUCUUACAAUGUUCACUGAUGUUAAUGAUUUGAUGAGAUGAUUGAUGCUUUUUUUUUGCACAAUAGAUGCUUCUUUACCCAUUGACAUAAACGGUUUUAAUGCAUUUUUGAUUUGUGGUUGUCAAGAGCCCAGUUUGAUGCUCAAUCACUAAAUCUCUUGUCUGAAACAUCCUGCUAAAAGAAGUAAUUUAGCAUUUAUAGGAAAUAUGUUUGGGAUUUUUUCAUGAAAAGAUUUUCACCUCUGUCAUUUCUGAUGCUACAACCAGCAGCUGGUUAGCUUAGCUUAGCUUAGCAUUAAGACUGGAAACAGGGGGAAACAGCUACCCAGGUACUGUCUGAAGUUAAAGAAUCUACCCACCAGCAUCUCUCAAGCUCACAAACACGUUAUAUUUUCACAUAUUACACGUUGUGUUUGGAGCUCACUGAGAAUCUCGGCCUUUUUUCGGCACAUUAAGGAGUUCAGAAAGACUGUCGGCUAAUGCCUUAGGUUUGCUUUAGCGGCAGAAAGUAUCAAAGUGCAUCGGAGCAGAGGGCCUUCGUACCACUCACAUCACUGGAAGUCUCACACUUUGUGUUUUGAACAAAGAUGAGAUGUUAAUUUGUCAGAUUUAGACCUGAAUAAAGCUGGAUUUAGUUUUUUUUAAACCUUUGGACUAUACCAGAUUAGUUUCCAGUUGCUAGGCUAAGUAGCUGCUGUCUUUUCUGUAUGUUAAAUAGUCAUGAGCGUGGUAUUAAUCCUCUCAUGUAACGUUUAGCAGAAAAAGACAAUUGAGCUUAUUUCCCAAAAUGUCGAGGUUGUUCACACUUUAAAUCAUAUCAAGCGAGAUGUUUUAUUUUUGCUAUCUUGAGAAAUCAUCAUCGUGCAGUUAAUUCUGUAUCAUCGGGCACAGUCAUGACAUCUUAUCACUGCUGAGUGGUGCCGAGGAAACUGUACAACUGGAGAGUUGGUUUGUGAUUUUCCUUUUUCUUCAGCGAUCGAUAUGAAGUUCACUAGAGAUUUACUUUAAUAUAUUGUGUUUGAGAUGAUUUUAUACUUGAGAAUACAUAUUAUAUUUUGAAUGAUAACCGAGAGCUCAUCAUACGUUUUAGUCAAUAUAUUUUCAAAUAACUUGACCUCAGUGCGUGACGGUGACUCGCCUGUUGAAGUUGCCCCACUGAGGCCUGUACAGUCUCGGACAGCUGUAGCAAUAAUGCAGUGAGGUGUAGAUUUGUUAGAUAAUGGCUGUUGUUGCUUCAGACAGUUGUCUCCCUCAUGCAGAAUGGGGAAAAACAACCAAAGUGUAAAUGGAGAGUGUACUGAGACUAAAAAAAGCUCUUCAUCUGCCUUCCCUAUCUCAGAGGGAUCUAAUGUAAACACUCCCUCAAUGUUUUUCACAUUUCAUCCCACCCGACUCUUAAUUCACUGUGGUGUGAUCUUUUUUAUUUUUAGCUUUAAUUUUUAUGCUUUCUUUUUCUGCCAUGUUUUCUAUCUUCUCAUGGGUGCCAUUUUUCUUAUGUUUCAUACUGUUUGUAUGGAUAAUGAGUAAGAUUUGUGUGCACAUGCCGCACACAUCUUCUCAUUCAAGCUCAGUUUCGAGGCAGACGUUCACUGAUGAAGACGAGGGAGAUUUUCCUCACGGCGUCUAAACUGAACCCUGUUUCUUCUCAGACUGUGACUCACAGCUUUGUGGUGAGACUGGGGUUAAAAAAUCUGUAUGAAAGUUAUGAAACGCGUCACAACAGCGGCCUGGCACAGGAGGUCCAAGGUGACUGACCUGCCUUGACUACUACUCACUAUCUCCAAAUACACGACAGUGUAUUCAGGUGAAACAGCUGAUUCAACUGAGGUUUUUCCUUUUUUUUUUUUAUUGUGCAUUUUCUCCCUUCAUUUAUACUCGUAACAUCGUCUUUAAACAGCAAAGACACAAUAAUGGAAAAUGAGGAUAAUAAAGUUGUUAUUGUUGACACUGAA